AUGAGCGGCGCAGCCCAGGACGUGGCGGCGGACGAUGCCGAGUUCCAGCAAGGUAUCCAGGCCAUCAUUGCGCCGAUGAUUGAGCAGGGCGCGUCCGAGGACGAAAUCAAGGCGGUGAUUGCACGUGCGCGCCAGUUCUACGCCGAGCACAAAUCUUCGGCGACACAGGACAGCAGCACGGCGAGUGCGUCUGCCUCGAGCGCGCCGGCCGCGGGCGAGGGAGCGCCCGCGCAGGCGGAAAAAUAUCCUACCUCGUUCAACCAAAUUGUCGAGUUGAUUGCUACGGGUCAAGAGGACAAGAUCCCGGGCGUGCGCGACAUUCCCCUCAAGAUCAACGAGAGCGCGCCGAGCACCUCGACGCUCGCGCGCCCCAAGAAGCCGUGGGAGCCAUAG